AUGGCCUUUCCUUUGCCUCUUUUGCAGUUCUUCACCUUAGACAACGAGACAGAAGACAUGGGCUCAGGUGACUAUGACUCCAUCAAGGAACCGUGUUUCCGGGAAGAAAGUGCCCAUUUCAACCGAUUCUUUCUGCCCACCAUCUACUCCAUCAUUUUCUUGACUGGCAUAGUGGGCAAUGGAUUGGUCAUCCUUGUCAUGGGUUACCAGAAGAAACUAAGAAGCAUGACAGACAAGUACAGGCUGCACCUAUCCGUGGCGGACCUUCUGUUUGUCCUCACACUUCCCUUCUGGGCUGUUGAUGCCGUGGUAGGCUGGUACUUUGGGAAUUUCCUGUGCCAGGCAGUCCACGUCAUCUACACUGUCAACCUUUACAGCAGUGUGCUCAUCCUGGCCUUCAUCAGUCUAGACCGGUACCUAGCCAUCGUUCAUGCCACCAGCAGCCAGAAGCCAAGGAAGCUGCUGGCUGAAAAGGUAGUUUAUGUUGGCGUCUGGAUACCCGCCCUGCUGUUGACUAUUCCUGAUUUCAUCUUCGCUAGUGCCAGUGAAUCAGAAGGGAAAUAUAUUUGUGACCGUUUCUACCCCAGUGACUUGUGGACGGUUGUGUUCCAGUUUCAGCAUAUCUUGGUUGGCCUGGUCCUGCCAGGGAUUGUCAUCCUGUCCUGCUAUUGCAUUAUCAUCUCCAAGCUGUCACACUCCAAGGGCCACCAAAAGCGCAAAGCUCUCAAGACCACAGUCAUUCUCAUCCUGGCUUUCUUUGCCUGCUGGCUACCCUACUAUGUAGGCAUCAGCAUUGACUCCUUCAUCCUCCUGGAAGUCAUCAAGCAAGGCUGUGAUUUUGAGAACACUGUGCAUAAGUGGAUUUCCAUCACUGAGGCCCUUGCCUUUUUCCAUUGUUGUCUGAAUCCCAUCCUCUAUGCCUUCCUUGGGGCCAAAUUUAAAACCUCUGCCCAGCAUGCAUUGACUUCUGUAAGCAGAGGAUCCAGCCUCAAGAUCCUCUCCAAAGGAAAGCGAGGUGGACAUUCUUCUGUUUCAACUGAGUCUGAAUCUUCAAGUUUUCAUUCCAGCUAA